AUGGACGCCAGCCUGAGUUUUGACCUGGUGAAGGCCGCCGAAACGCUGCUGGAAAACGCCAAGAAGCUCGCUGCCACGGCCGGAGCACCGACAGCAAAGGCAAACAGAGGCAACGGCGCGGCGCCCAAGCCUCCCGGACUGCAUCCGGGAGGGUUCAAGGACGCGGACAAGAUCCGGAUGAGUGUCGUCAAGAUGGCAAAGAAGAUUGCGUUCGAGGUUGCGUCUCCGGCCGAUGUGGCCAAGACCGACUGGGUCACGGCCGCAGACAUAGCGGCCUGGAAUAUAUUCAUGCAGUGGAAGGCCUUUGACAAGAUCCCGGCCGACGGCAGCAGCAUAUCGUAUGCAGAGCUGGCGAAGGCGAUCGAUGCGCAGGAGAGUCUCGUCGCACGGAUUGGCGGCUUCCUCGUGUCUGUCGGGAAGCUGUGCGAGGAGUCGCCCGGAAGCGGACGGAUACGGCACUCGCGCGUCUCGCCGCUGUACCGGUCCGACCACCCGUUUGCGCCGCUGGCGACGGUGGCGGUGGGCAACGGCCUCAAGGCGUAUGUGCACUGGCCAGAGUAUUUCGAAAGGUACGGGCGACGGGAGCCGCGCGGGCAGACGCACACGCCCUUUGGUUUCGCCUGGGGUCACCCCGAGUUGCCGCCGUGGGAGGUCAAGGCCUUGUAUCCGGAAUACGCCGUCCAGUUCACCAAGGCCAUGAAGUCGCGCCAGAUCGUAGGCGGCAACAUGGAGGUGGCUGGCCCCGGGGCGCUGUACGAUAUGGCCUGGCUCGGCGACGAGGCAAACGCGCAGAGAGCUGAUGAUGGCUCGUUGGUGGUGGACGUGGGUGGCGGGCUCGGCCAGCUAUUGCGAGAUGUUGUUUCGGCUAUCCCGGCCAUUCACCCCGACCAAUGUGUGCUGCAGGACCGUAAGGAAGUUGUUGAAGAGGCGUUGGCGGUGGGCGACGCCUUUAUCAGAGGCGUGAAACUCAUGGACCAUGAUUUCCACACGAAACAGCCUGUGAAAGGGGCGCUGGUGUAUCUGCUCCGCCGGAUCCUGCUCGACUACUCGGACGAACUGGCCACGGGGAUCCUUCGUCAGCUGGCCGAUGCGCUGCCUGCCGACAAUCCUAAAGCACGCGUCAUCAUCAUGGAGGAGAGGCUGCUAGACACGCCGGUCCCGCAGAACAGGGUCGUGGACCUGGUGAUGCUGAAUCUCGGCGGGAAGCUGCGCAACGAGAGCAUGUUCGCCGACAUUUCCCGCCGCGCCGGGCUCAGAGUAGUGAAGUUCCACGCGAGAGACGGCGAUCCGACCUGCGUCGUCGAGUGUGCGAGAUCCGAGGAGGGAAGGGGAGGCAUCGGUGGGGUACGGGCUUGCCCAACGGCAGAAAGUGGAAACUGA